CCCUGCAGAGAACCCUGUGUGUGUGUGUGUGUGUGUGUGUAAGUGUAUGAGUGUACGCAGAUGGGAGAGCAACUGAGUCAGGGAGGGCUGUCUCUCAUCUAUCCGCUGUUACCACAAUCCUUCACUCUCCCUCCUCUCCUCCUCUGCUGCCAUGGAGCUCCAGCAGGCUGAAUCACAACAGCGUCUGCAGAAAGGGCUGAGCAGUUAGUUGUGGGAGUCUGUACGCGGUGCUCCGCUGGGCCAGUAUGGAGUGUGUGUGUCUGAGGAGGUGGGCGUCAGGCUCUGCUGUCGUGUUCCUUCACACUCUGGCCUUAUCCUGGACAGGUGCAAUUGAGCCCGCCCCAAGAAUUGAUGGAUGGCACCGGGCAGCCGUGACACUGCAGGAGAACAGGACACAUCGGUUUAACUGCCAAGCGGAUGGCUGGGAUCCUCAUGCUCCACCUUUGCUGACUUGGUACCUGAAUGGGGAGCGACAGGGAACGCCGUCACCCAACCAUGGACGCCUGGUGAUGACAUCACAGGAAGAUUCAGUGCUCAUGAGACCAGGAACCAAUCACAACAGCACCUUCUCUCUUCAGGCCAGAAAGUGGGACAGGGAGCUAGUGUGUGUAGCAUCAAACCCCAGGACAGGAGAGAGCUACAAUGCCACAGUCACACUCAACGUCCAGUUUCAGCCAGAGAUCCUCAGGAUGAACGCCCACUUCACUGAAACCUCAGCCCCCGGCCUCUCCCUGAUCCUCUUUGCCCUGGUACGGUCCAACCCGCCUGCCACCAUCACCUUUGUUGACCAGUCUGGCCAUCUGGUGGCCAACACCUCUGACUUCUUCAUCCUGGACUCGCAAAGCUACCCUUGGCUGACCAAUCACACGCUGAGGGUGACGCUCAGUAGUCUAUCAGGGAAUUUAUCGCUGAACGCAAGCAACAGUGUCGGAGCGGUGCAGAACAACCUCACACUAGCAGAGUUCCUGCAGUCUCGUGUGGAGGUGCCCAUGCUGGGAAUAGUGACUGGGGGAGCCAUGGCUUUCAUGGCCCUCCUCAUCCUCAGUCUAAUCGUUCUCUGCCUCAUGCAAAAAAACAAAAGCAAGUCUAUUGACGAGCCAGUGGAGAUUCUGAUGACCAAGAAAAGUAACUCUGCCAACCUGAAAGCAGAGAAGGGCGAUAAGACCUACAUCCCCAGAGAGAACAUGUCUCUGCCUUCAAACAUGCAGCUCAACGACCUCAGCACUUUGAGAAAGGCCCGAGAGGCUGCCCAGCAAAACAGUGUGGGAGAGAAGAAGAAAGAGGAAGAGGAGGAGGAAGAUCUGUCUUUAGCCUACGCCGCCAGAGGUUUUGCCAGAUAUCCGAUGGUGGGCUACAUCUAUAAGGUCAACAGCUCAAGCAGCGAGGAGGUCUGGCUCUGACUUACCUCACACAAAUGCACGCACGUACGCAAGCACGCACGUACGCACACACACACACACACACACACACACACACACACACACACACACACACACACACACACACACACACACACACACACACACACACACAGAGAGAGAGACA